AUGGAGAAGGCAGUUCACUCAUCGACGACGUCUGGACCGACGGUUCCGGGGGAGCCAACGAAGACCGGAACCUCCAUAAUCGACACCGCCGCUUCUGCCGUCCAAAGUUUUGCUCCGGUUAACCAAAUCCACCAACAUCUCUGCGCUUUCUCUUAG